CAAAUUAGGAAGCUGCACCAGAUCAGUCAGCUAGCAGACAAUUUUUUUUAUUGUUUGUCGAAUUAGCGAGAAACUGUUGUGUUUUUCUAGUUACUUAAUCAUGUUUUCGGAAAAAAUUCGACAGCUAACGUUAUUGUUGGAGAAACAAGAACUAGAGGCGCCCAACGGGAUUGUAUCAGUUCAACUAUACUCAGAACUUUUCGCGGCAUAUCUGUACCGGAACGAUCUCUGCAAUGCUCGGUUCCUAUGGAAACGAAUACCAACGAGUGUGAAAACUGGUCACGCCGAAUUGGAGCAGAUGUACAAAGUCUACCAGUGCCUGUGGAACAACGACACGGCCGGUUUCUACAAGGUUAUCAAUCAUGAUUGGACGAAGCACGUAUCGGAAUUGAUGUUUGAACUUAAAGACAAAAUACAACAGGAAACAAUUAACUUGAUUGGUCGAGCAUACAGUUCAAUUUUUGAAAAUGUAUUCGCCGAAAUGACAAACCAAACUCCGGACAUGAUAGAUGAACUAUGUAAAAACCAGAAUUGGGAAAUUAUUGACGGUCCUCAUCCGAGGUUGAUACUGCCGAAGCAUCCAGCUGCUGAUAAACCACUUGUAGUCAGUUCAGAAGAUCAGUUGCAGAAAUUGACUGAUUUUGUUUCGUUUUUGGAGAACUAGUAGAUCGUUGCUACAAAUGCAAGUAGUGGCCGUCAAACCUCAUUUUGCUGUACGAUUGAAUUUUGAGCUAUUUAGAUGUAAGUUUCUGUAAAUUGAUCAGUUCGAAAUAAAGUAUGCCACUGGUGCAAAAUGUUA